GGUUGGCGGCGGAUCUGGGCUUUGUGUGGGCAGCAAAGCUUGGUGAACUUGUCAUCCACGCUUACCGGGUAUCGAUCUGGCCGGCGGUUCAAAGGAUGCCCGAGCGACGACAUACACGGUCAGUAUGUCAGCAGCUAGACAGCGGGCAAGGGGUGUCGGUAGGGCCACGGUAUUCCGGGGACGCGACAGAGGCGAUCGAUGGAAUUUGGGUCGGAAACGGUUCGCGGAGGUUGUUCGUCGGAGGAUCCGGGGGGCGGUGGUUGGGGGGUUUCCUUUGUCUUUCCUUUGUCUUUGGCGAUUGGCAUUGGGCGUUCGUUUUACUUUUUUUCGGCUAUUGGCAUUUGGCGUUCAUUUUUCUUGCAUGUGUUGAGGAUCUGUUGUAUAUAAUGCAUGCUUGCUGACUUGCCUGCUCGUCAGCUUGCUUGCUCCUUGCUUCUCUUUGCAUGUGUCGAGACUCUAUUGUACAUAAAGCUGCUUUGCUUCUUGGCGAUUAUUUCCUUGCAUGUGUCGAGAUUCUGUUGUAUAUAGUGCUUGCUUCUUGCUUUUCUUUCUUUGCAUGUGCU